GUCUUCCCACCGGAGCGAUUCCGGAUAUUGGCAGCUGCAGUUGGACAAGGAUUUAGUUGAUACGAUUGCUGCUAUUUACCCGGAGUGGUUCAAAGACAGCAAUAGUAGCUCAGGGAGCAGCAACAGUAGUAGUGGUGGUAGCUACAGUAGUGGUGGAAGUAACAACGGCAGUGUGAUGGCGGAAGGGGGACAACGGUCCCCCCCGAGGGAUUCCCCGCCCAAGGCGAUUAUUGACACUACGCCACUGCUUAAUUCGUUGGAACACAAUAAAGAAUCCCUGAAGGUGAAGCUCAUGCUCAGGCGUCCUUUCGAUCAGCUGGUCGCCCAAGGAAUCAUGCCACCUCACAAAACACCGGCAGCAUAUCAUGGCCAGCGACGACAGCUCGAACGUGCGAAAACUGGCGAUAUUCUCAAAGCGAAGAUCCAGCAACGUCCAUCCAGGCAAGAACUGGAAAGGAGGCAUAUAUUGGACGAGGAUCGCGGUCAUCUGGACCCCAGUUUGGUUGAGAAGCAGCGCAUGUUAAAAAAGGCUCGGUUGGCAGACCAGCUCAAUGACCAGUUGUCUCACCGUCCUGGACCCUUGGAGCUUAUUCAGAAAAACAUAUUGCACACCGAGGAACCGAUCGAGAACGCCGUAAAAGCUGGUCGUAUACCGUAUAAAGCCACGUGCGAGGGUCAGUUGAACAGGCCGCAACUUCCCCACAAAUACGUGACGUUGGAAGACGAUUCGCAAAGUUCCGAAGGUGAUAGUGUCGUCAGUCCGAGUUCUUCAGAUGUAAUCGAGACUGCCGCGAAAUCCGCUGGAAUUGUUGUAUCGCUCAUACCUGCGACAGAGGGAACGGUAGUGGUCACUACAACAACGCCGGUGUUCAAUAAAGACAAUAGUGAAGUAGUGUUCGCAGACUUGAGUCGCUCCGGAAACGCGUCGGUGUUUUCUUUGAAUUCCGUUUCCAGUCCGGCCGCGUCUCUUGUGUCCUCCACUUCCACAUUGAGUCCGUUGUCCUCAGUUGCUAGUCCGGUGCCUUCGACACAGCCCUCUACACCUGCUCCGCCGCCUUUACCCGUCUCUUAUACGCCCCGACCUGUGCAGUCACCCUGCAAAACUGAUGCGCCAGGAAAGGAUAAAAAUCGCAAAAAAUCCAAGUCAAAAUCGAUACCGAAAACUCGCACAAUUAAAUUCCACGAGUACAAAGGUCCGCCGAGCGCACAGAAAAACAACUUGGCGAACAAUUUGGGCAACAAUUCCACGGGAGAGAGUUCUUACGACUUGCUAUUGCAGCAACAGACGUUACUUCUGCAGUUUCAACUGCAGCUGCAACACAAAUAUCCGCAAAUCAUUUUACCUGCUUCGCAGAAGAAUUCGAAUGAUGGAUCUUCAACGUCUUCGAGUACGCAGCAUAACGGUACAAAUAGCACCGUCUCAGAACCGACAGUUGCGGCUAAGUUCCUUGGCCGAUUGGAGGACAUGAAAGUUAGCGAUUUAAAAGCGGAAUUGAAAAGGAGAAGUUUGCCCGUAUCCGGCUCGAAACCGCAAUUGAUCGAGAGGCUCAAACCGUUUACAGGCAAUAACGAAUCCUCCACUAGCUCAAGUUUCUGCUCGGAAGCACCAACUCCUGGUUCUGUAACUACAUGCGAAUCUAACUAUUCGCAAGACGAUAACGGCUCUCCCCAAAGUACUUACAAAGAUGAAUCUACAGAAUACAUGGACGUUCACGAUCCCAAGAGUCCACCUGCGCCUCCCACUCCUCCUCAACCACCGCGACAACCAACCCCCCAAAAUCACGUCCAACUGCAAUCGAAGGACGACAUAGUCAGAGAACAGCAGAGGCAAAUUGAAGAAUUGCAACGGGAACUGACAUUGUCCCAAUUGAAAUUGCAAGCUGCCACCAGAGCAGAACCGAAAGCUCAAUUAAUUGCUCUGCAGAAGCAUUUGCAAGCUCGUCAACAGAACCAGCAGCUCAAUUUGCAAAUGCAGCAGCUUCAGGCGUUGCAAGCUCAACAUGCGCAGGAACAGCAGAGGCUACAACAGGAGCAGCAUGUCGCUUUCCAGAAUCAGAAGAACUUAACUGGCGACGUUAUACUUAACGGCAACGAUGCCGCCCUUGUACUUAAUCAUAUUAUCCACGGAAAAGCGAAAAUAAUCAACGGACACAAUAAAGCUAGUUCCUUCCCUGGUUUUCUGAAUACUAUCGUCACGACACCUGUAAUUAAUGCGCCUGACAUCAAGAUGGAAUACAGCGAAAGCAGUAAACCUCCACCUCCAGUGUACGAGGAGGCCACGAAACAGCUGAAGAAAGGGAAACAUAUCAAGUCCCAAACAGUUGACGAUGUCCUGGAAAUACUAAUUAAAAAUGGGGAACUUCCCCCCAGUGCAGCAAACGAUCCCCAAACACCCGGUUCUGCAGACAUCAAAACUAGCGAGCCGUCGUUUACAAACAGCAACUUGUCAAAUAAUAAUAACAACAACAACAACAACAGUAGCAAUAACAAUAAUAACACUGUUACCAUGACGAGUGCUCCAAUGUCAGACGUUGAUCCAAACAGUCCAGAAGCAGCGUUGGGCUUAGAUCCCAACGAACUUUUUGACACGCUAGACACUUUGGAAAACAUGGAUUUCAGUCAGCUGGUGAUGGAACUGGGAGGUCAGCAGAACGAGAACGGUAGUAACGAAAACGAUUCCUUCGUUGAUUCUGAACAAAUGCCAAUUCCGAUGGACACCGACGAUUGGCUAGAUUCCUUACUGCCAAAAGAAACUUCCAACAGCAACAACAAACAGAAUUCUUUAGUAAAACAGGAGCAGGAUUUAGGUGGUUACGAUCCGCUUUUGGGAACGGCACCGGACCCUUUUGAUCCCUUCUGUUUAGAGGAAUAUCGGUCACCUGCUGAUUUUACGGCUGCUCUUUCGUGGGACAAAUUGGACUUUGCAGCAUAGUUUUAAAGCAUAUACAUACAUAAAGAUUAAAUAAACGACUCUAUUCCAGUGAUGUGUGACUCGAUUUGGUAAAAGAAAGACAUUCCAGAACGGCCGCCAAGAUCGCCUUUGGGCGCGGGACCAGGGCGGCCUUAAACGGCCAGGGAACACAUCAUAAUUAUAAAAUAAAUAAUGAUAAUAAUAAUUGUACAUAUAACAUAUUUAGGUAAUAGAAGUUAGCGUUAAAUGCUGUACAGGUUGUUUUGUGACAGAGUCGCGUUUCUUUUUUCCCUUUCUUUCUUUUUUUUUGUUGAGUUGUUCGGAUGUUGAACAUUGGUUUUGUUGAGUAAUUUCAAAUAAGGAAGAAGUGAAUCGUGGGGAACGUUUAACCGUUGGUAUCAUUUAUAAUUAUAAGGUAAGAAUUUUUCUCUAAUUAAAUAUGUCUAGU